GUACACAUCUCUGCGCUGCUGUUCCGGGGUCGAAGCAGCAGAAAAGAUUCAACAUGGACCUUGUUCUGAACGUUGCCGACUACUACGUCCUCACUCCCCAUGUGUACCCUUCGUCGUGGCCCGAGGACGGAGCCCUGCGGCAGAUCAUCAGCCUGCUGGUGCUGACCAACCUCGGGGCGGCGGUGCUGUACCUGGGCCUGGGAGCCAUCAGCUACUUCUUUAUCUUUGACCACAAUCUGAUGAAACACCCGCACUUCUUAGAGAAUCAGGUACGGCGGGAGAUCAAAUAUGCGAUGACCUCGCUGCCCUGGAUCAGCGUUCCCACGGUGGCCCUGUUCUUCGCUGAAGUCCGAGGAUACAGCAAACUGUACGACAGCGUCGGCGACUCUCCACUCGGUUGGCCGGGGCUUUUCCUCAGCAUGAUCUCCUUCCUGUUCUUCACUGACAUGUGCAUCUACUGGAUCCACCGCUUCCUUCACCACAAGCUCAUUUAUAAGCUGUUCCACAAGCCGCACCACAUCUGGAAGAUCCCGACUCCCUUCGCCAGCCACGCCUUCCACCCGGUGGACGGCUUCAUGCAGGGCCUCCCGUACCACAUCUACCCCUUCCUCUUCCCCCUCCACAAGGUGCUCUACCUGGCGCUCUACGUUUUCGUCAACAUCUGGACCAUCUCCAUCCACGACGGCGACUACCGCGUCCCCGGAGCCCUGACCAGCGUCGUCAACGGCUCGGCCCACCACACCGACCACCACCUCUUCUUCGACUACAACUACGGCCAGUACUUCACCCUGUGGGACCGGCUGGGGGGCUCCUACAGGCACCCGUCGGCCCUGGUGGGGAAGGGCCCCCACGAUCUGAUCCGGAAACUCCAGGCAGAGGGAAAGUUAGACGGCGACAGAACGAAGGCGAAGGGGCAAGUGAACGGACACAGGGCAGUCACAUGCAAGGAGGAGUAAUCAUGACUAAUGGCUGAAUGUAAUCACUAUUUCUGUAAAGACAGAGUCCGACACCCAGACGUGUCGGAGAAUAGUCUGAGUUCAUGUACGUGCCAAACUGUGAGAUUCAGAGUCGAUGCAUUUAGGGAGGCUGCCGCUGGACUCGUACCAUCAUCACUACAUUCCACCAGCAGGUGAGCGGCACACUGACACCUGGAGGUUUGGUUCAAGCACUGCUUUUAAUAAUCCAAUAAACUAAACAGCCACGAGACAAAACGCUGGAGCUGCUACACGAUCAGCGACCGACACAGCUGGACGUUCAACACAGAGACUUGACGCCGGCAACAAAGAAGUUUGAUUGAAGCACAUCAGUGUCGCUUUGAACUGAAUCAGAACAAUGUGACUCUGCUGUUCCCCUUUUAAUUGUACGUUUAGACUCAUCCAGCAGGUUCGACUCUGCUCCUCUGUUUUAUAUGUAGAUAUGAGAAAUGUGACUCUGGAACAAAAUAAACACGUAUCGAGGCGAGCGCUGCGUAAGCCUCUUAAAACUCCAA